AUGGCUCCUACACUAUUCGAAGGCGCAGAGCUUGUGUCUGAGUCGGGCAAGACAUUUCUGGCGGUCAGCUCUCUGGGUCAAUCAAAUGUCUGGACAGCAGCAGAGAAGGGAAACUUCAGUAACAUUGUGGUGCUCAAAGCCCCUUCCGACACCGACACACCUGSCACCUGGCCACUAUUCUGCAACGAGAUGGUCAUGCAUGAAUUACUCAAAGAAAGCAAACAUGUUCGAAAACAGGUAGACWGAAUUGCACCAACCAAGUCAAGCCCGCCGAUGUUGGUUCUGGAAAUCGCAGAGAUGACUCUGUGGCAAGCACGCACGAAGCGGCCCAUGUCCAGAGGAGAAAUUGUGGCCAUCGUCAAGGGCAUUCUUCAAGGUCUAGAAGAAAUCCAUGCAAAGGGACUCGUGUAUGGUGACCUCAAGAUGGAGAAUGUUAUGAUCAGUGGCUUCGACAUCGAACGUCCUGGCGACGGCAACACCCUAGAUGUGAAGAUUGGAGAUUUGGGGACCGUCGCGUAUCCUGCGAGCGGCAAGCUUCAGCCAGUCGCCUACCGCGCACCGGAAGUUUUCUUUCGGGAGGAGAUUACACCCGCUGCAGAUAUCUGGGGUCUUGGUGUCAUCUACAGCCAUCUCAUGGAGGCACAACUCGCAUUUUCCAAAUCCGGCAUAUAUGACGACCUAACAUCGCCUUCUACCACCAUCCCUCAAAGAGAGCAUGCCGUCGGGAAGCAAAUCUCAAAAGACUACGAUCUGCGCAACGCAGAAUACUAUCAACAAUGCGAGCUGCCUCCGAGAAGCCCACGGCCAUCAAGCGGCAAUCACUGGGCGAAAAGAGGCCUCGGGAGCUGGGACAUUGAGUUUUUGGAGCGAGUGAUGAAGGCCGAUCCUCGAGAACGUCCCACAGCGCGAGCAAUCCUGGCAUCAUACUGGUYUCAGGAUGGAGGGUUGAAUGACCAGCUCAGCAACCCUUCGACCAACGCAGUCAAUGAAGGAAGAUCAAAUUUGGCCGUGCAACCAUCAAUCGCCAACGCGGCGAUGUUGAGCACCACAUCGCCGUCCACGCAAGACUUCACGCCGUCGAGGUCUAUCAGUAACUCAUCUGGUAGGAGGAGGACUGAUCUUGGUCUUCCCGAGCUGGUUGAUUCGUCUCCUUCCCCUGUGAGGAAAAAGCUCGAAAGCUCUCCAUUAUCGCCAAAGAUGCAGCCACCACAAGUGAGAGUCAGCGCGGCGCAGGGAGGUACAUAUCUGAACUAUCGGUAA